CACACAUUGCAGGAAACCCGGUCAAAAUUACCGACUCGCUGGCUGUAUCGACGAGCAAAGAUAGGCGCAAACAAAACAACCCCAGAAUACCUACAAACAAUCAACAUCGAUAUCAUCAUAGCCGGCCGGCCAGACUAUUCCAGGGCCACAAAUUUUAGCCAUUCAAGCCAUCUGACACCUUUCUCAAACAGGAAGGUCUUGCGACCAAAACAGAGUUCAUCGUAGCGAGGCCACCAGGCGCGUGUGCCCGCUCCCUUUUCUCAACGGUUCUGGCGCCGUCAUUCGGAAGUCGACGAGCCGGCAGAGAUACUUUGAGCCUUGCUGGAGAUGGCAUUGGACACCAUAUACGUGGUCCGCCACGGGUUCCGAUCGAGUUGGUCCGUAGACCCCUCCACAGGAGAGUACUUUGCAAAUAUCCCGUCGCCUACUGGUAUCGCCGUCGACCCUGCCCUUACGGCGUACGGUGUCGACCAGGGCAAGGAGCUGGGCCGUCAUCUGUUGGACCACGUGCGACCCCCAAUCGAGAGGGUCUACUCGAGUCCGUUCUACCGCUGUCUGCAGACCAUAGAGCCGUUUGUCAGAAGUAAGCUCGAGGAGGGGACCCAGGAGGGCAAGGCCACUGUUGAUGCGACAGCAUCAUCACCAGGAAGUUCCUCUGAUGCCAAGGCGCUACCGCUAAUCAAGAUCCGCGCUGAACCUGGAUUGGGCGAGUGGUUUGGCACGGCGCAUUUUGACCACCCAGCUCCGGCCCCGGUGGAGGAGCUGUCAACCUUAUUUCCUGAUAUACUAGACCAAGGCUAUUCGCCUGCCUUAACUCCGACCAGCCGUGGAGAGUCUAUAGAGCAGCUCCACGAUAGGGUAGCUCUCGCCGUGCUCGAGGUGAUCAAGCGCUGCGACGCAGAGGGCGUCCGUUCGGUCGUCCUGUGCACUCAUGCCGCAGUCGUGAUCGCGCUAGGCAGGGUCCUUACGGGACAUAUGCCCGCCGACAUCACUGUUGAUGAUUUCCACGCUUACACCUGCGGCCUUAGCGCUUAUCGAAGGCGACAACAGGCUGCCCCUGUUGCUGUAGAUCAGCAGCCCUCCGUGUCGCCGGCGGCAGGGCCAGUUGCCUGGAGAGACGGGACUGGCGUUGGAGGUGGAUGGGACUGUGAGCUGAACAGCGAUUGCAGCUUCCUGACCGGAGGGAGCGAACGCGGAUGGAAAUUCUCUGGAGAUGAAUCCUUUGGAGGAAUCAACCAAAGCAAUGUUGAAGCGGACAAGCGCACACCUCGUUUGUAGCACUUUACCAUAACUUUUCUUUCCCGUCUUCUUGCGCUACGGCAUAAACCGCGAGGGUGAGACACUCGGCUGCGGCAAGGAGAUAAUAGACUCUGUUGGCACGACUUUCGGCCUCAGCAGGACUCACCUUGAGCAAAACCCUGCGGCCCAAUCUCGGGUUCCGUCCUUUUUCGUUUGACCUCGUGGCCGCCGAGGAUCGGGUUUUUUGAUACCUCAAGUCUGUCCCUAUUUUCUCUCAGUUACAUGUGUCCCUCGACAUUCUUGGCAUUUUGGGCUGAGUUAUCCCUUGCAGAAACGCAGCAGUACGCCUCUUUUUUUUCACUUGACCAGGAUCACACCAUCUCCACCUCGACGAAUGAACAUGGCUCUGUCCAAUACUGGCACCUUUCUAUGUGCCGCCACAGGGUGCAGAUCAUUCGCAAUUCGGUCGGGGAAUUUUCCUUCAAAGCUUCUCCCCCCGCUGCCUGGCACAUGAUGACAUAGCUAUUAGAUUGAUUGUGGCCAGGAAUUAGAAGCCGCCUCGUGGCGUGCCUUAAUGCAAUCAUUAUCGACAUCUCGAGUGAGAUGUACAAAAGUUUAACUCUCACAUCUCCACUCUACCAAAUUAGGACGCCUUGCUGGG